AGAUAUGUUCGGACGCUAGGGUUUAACAAAGUGUUUUUAUCGCUUGAAUCAGUGAAGCAAUAAUGUCUUCUCUAAUGGCGAUACGCAGAACUCGAGUCUCCAUUUUCACUUCUUCGCACAAGGUAUGUUUAUUAUACUCCUCUUCACGCUUUAUUUCAGACAUCAAGUUCCCGAAAUCCCUAACCUUAAACUCUCCGCUUUCUUCCUUACAUUUAAAAACCCUAGCAACAUUCACAGCACCAAACGAUGUUCAAAUUCCCCCACACCCCUCUGGAGUUCCGCAAAACAAGCAUUUUGGAAGUCCUGCUCAGCAGUGGAAUAAUCAAACUCAGAAUUAUCCGAAUAAUAAUCAGAUGAAUAUGUCGUAUGGUCAGUAUCAAACUCCUAAUCAGGUGAAUCAAGGUUAUCCAAAUUAUGGAAAUGUUAAUCCUGGUCAAGGAUAUGCUAAUCCUGGUCAGGAAUAUAGCCAGAGCUAUCAGAAUCAGAAAAACCCUAAUGUUCAAAAUCAAAGCGUUCCGUAUAAGCCGAGCUCCGGUGAGCCUCAAAACUACCCGCCACCUGGGAAUGCCAACCAAUGGAAUUAUCAAAAUCAAGGCUUCAGACAACAUGGAACCCCUAAUGCGGCUCCAAGUUAUCCACAAAGUGGAUAUCAGAAUCCGGAACAUGCUCAAAGUCCUAAUAGAAAUCAGAAUUAUCCACAGCCUGGUGCUGGUCAUCAGUGGAAUAAUCAGAAUCAAAAUUAUGCUCCACGAGUUAGCCCCAGUCAACUGGAUUCUCAGGCGCAUAGGAUCCCACCGGGAAGCGGGUUUCAAAUGAAUAAUCAAUCUCAUAACCAAGCCCAGGUUGUGCAUGAUCAAGUCCCGAGUGGUCCUCCACCUACUGCUGAUUUAAUUAGCUUGUGCCAAGAGGGUAAAGUUAAGGAGGUUAUUGAACAUAUGGAACAGGGGGUAGUUGCAGAUGCACAAUGUUUUGACAUGCUCUUUGUGUUGUGUGCCAAUUCGAAGAAACUUGAAGAUGCUAAAAAGGUGCAUGACUACUUGUUGAGAUCAAAAUGCAGGAGUGAUCUUGGUUUGAGCAAUAAAGUUAUCAAUAUGUAUUCCAAGUGUGGGAGUAUGACAGAUGCGCGCAGAGUUUUUGAUCAUAUGCGUGAUAGGAAUAUGGAAUCAUGGCAUUUAAUGAUAAAUGGAUAUGCAUUGAAUGGGUUGGGGGAUGAUGGGUUGACAUUGUAUGAUCAGAUGCAGGAGUCGGGAUUGAAGCCAAACGAGGAAACUUUUCUGUAUGUUUUCGAGGCUUGUGCCAGUGCAGAUGCUAUUGAUGAGGCUUUCAUGCAUUUUGAGUCGAUGAAGGCUAAGUAUGGAAUUUCUCCACAGGUGGAGCACUAUUUAGGACUUCUGGGUGUUCUGGGAAAAUGUGGACAUCUUGCUGAGGCAGAGGAAUAUAUUUCAAAGCUUCCAUUCGAACCAACAGUAGCUGUUUGGGAAGCAUUAAUGAAUUAUGCUCGUACACAUGGCGAUAUUGAUCUUGAGGAUCGAGCUGAGGAGUUGAUGGUUGGUCUUGACCCUUCUAAGGCUGUUGCUAAUAAAAUUUCCACUCCACUAGUAAAGAAGCAGUUAGCCAUUAAUAUGCUUGAGGGAAGAAAUAGAGUUGCUGAAUUUCGUAAUCCAACCCUCUUCAAGGAUGACGAAAAGUUGAGGGCUGCAAUGAAAGAACAAGCUUAUGUUCCUGAUACCAGAUAUGUCCUCCAUGAUAUUGAUCAGGAAGCCAAGGAACAGGCUUUGCUAUACCAUAGCGAACGUUUAGCCAUUGCAUAUGGUCUGAUUAGUACUCCUGCCAGAACACCUUUACGUAUCAUAAAGAAUCUCCGUGUAUGUGGUGAUUGUCACAAUGCCAUCAAGAUCAUGUCAAGGAUUGUUGGGCGAGAGUUAAUUGUCAGGGACAACAAGCGGUUUCAUCAUUUCAAGGAUGGAAAAUGCUCUUGUGGUGAUUAUUGGUGAAGUAUGGUGGCUAAUAUGAGUAUACAUAGACUGGCUUCCACAAUUCUCAGGAUCGUCAAGGAAUCAUCAGGAGUCUGCAUGUUGGGAUGAGCGCAAUUUUAAGAUUGCUUUAGACUGGCUGUGACACUGCUCAGGGUCAUCUAAGAAUUCACCAAGAAUUUUCAUGUAUUCCUAAUUACAAUGCCGAAAAUCACCAUGUCUUGCAAUUUAUGGAUUGCUUGCACCCUUGUGGAUAUCUAAGACCGUUCUAGUAGUUUGGAUCUUUGUUUAAGGAUUAGUCAAGAAAGUGCCAGUCAAAUUAAUAUUCCAUUGUAUCUGCACAAUGUUUUCACAUUGUUUCUUGUUGUGUCACUUUAUAGGAAAAUGGAGUUUUUGACCAAUAUUAUCCCUUACGUUUCUCCCUAACUUUGAGUUUAUAUUUAUAAUAUUUUAUUUAACUGAAA